AGAAUCCCGACAAAUGGAAGUACAAUCCACCGCCACAAAUGAAUCCCGCUAAUACCACAACCGGUGCACCGCCCGGUAGUGGCCCAGGCACCAUCGGCCCCAUAGGCAUGGGCGCUGGCAUUGGUAGUAUCGGCACGAAUGGUGGCUUACACCCUUCCAUGAGUGGACCCUCCCAGAUGGGUGUCGGACAGAUGGGCGUAGGUGGUGGUAGCGCAGCCGCUGCUGCCGCUGGCAUGGCUGCCAUGCACACAGCUGCUGUGGCCAAGCACAAUCAUAUGAUGUCACAGGUUGUUGCAGCACAACAACAACAUCAACAACAGCAGCAGCAACAUCAACAACAGCCGCCACACCCGGCACACCAGCAACCAGGACCACAACAGCAGCAGCAGCAGCAACAACAACAGCAAGGACAACAACAUGGUGGCGGCGUUGGCGUUGGCCAGCAAAUGGCGCUCUCGCACUCACAACAACAGCAACAACACCAACAGCAACAGCAACAGCAGCAACAACAACAACAACAGCAGCAGCAGCAGCAACCACAUGGACCGCCACAUCCCUCUCAAAUGGCAUCACAUCAGCAAUUCGGCUCGAAUUUACUAAAUCAUGCCAUGAAUAAUCCAGCUGCUGCUGCAGCAGCUGCCGCCAUUGCUGCUAGUAUGCAACCGCCGCACAUGCAGAUGGCAGCCGGCAUGCAAGCGGGCAAUUGCAGCAUGUACGAUCAUCCCGGCGUGCAUCCCGGUGUGGGCAUGAACGGUGUACCCAAGCCACCAGGCCCACCGGGACCACCCGGUCCAACUGGUGGACCCGGCGAGUUAGUGUACUUCGGCGGCCAGCCACCAAAUGCAGCUGCAGCUGCUGCCGCCGCCGCCAUGGGCAUGUUGCCGCAAAAUCAUUUCAUGAACAAUGCUGCCGCGGCAGCUGCAGCCGCAAAUCGCAAUGCAGCAGCGAUCACCACAUCCACUGCCAAGAAGCUAUGGGAGAAAUCCGAUGGCAAAGGUACCACUUCGGGUGGCGUAACCGGUGGUCCUUUAAAUCCACUACACAUACCCGGCGUAGGCGAUCAUCCAGUUUGGAAAGACUCUACAUGGUCAACACAAGGCGAAAAUAUACUGGCACCGCCACGCCCGCGUACUUUUCCACAAGCACCAGAUACGAAUACGAGCACCAAUGCCGGCAUUUUGAG